GGUGGCCGUUACUCGUUGUGGUCUGCCAUUGGUCUUUCAAUUGCACUUCACAUUGGUUUUGAAAACUUUGAGAAGCUACUUGCAGGAGCUCACUGGAUGGAUAAUCAUUUUCGCAACACUCCCCUGGAUAAGAAUGUUCCAGUUCUUUUGGCCAUGCUAGGGGUUUGGUACAUCAACUGCUACGGAAGUGAAACCCAUGCACUGUUGCCCUAUGAUCAAUAUAUGCAUCGAUUUGCUGCUUACUUCCAACAGGGUGAUAUGGAAUCUAAUGGAAAAUACAUCACUAAAACAGGUGCCCGUGUGGACUACAACACAGGACCUAUUGUUUGGGGUGAACCUGGUACCAAUGGACAACAUGCGUUCUACCAGCUGAUACAUCAAGGUACCCGCAUGAUCCCUUGUGACUUUCUAAUUCCAGUCCAACCACAGCACCAGAUCAGAGGAGGACUGCAUCACAAGAUACUUAUUGCAAACUUCCUGGCUCAAACUGAAGCAUUAAUGAAAGGAAAGUCAAAAGAUGAGGCUCGUAAGGAAUUGCAAGCAAGUGGCUUAUGUGGGGAUGCAUUGGAGAAGAUACUACCACACAAGGUUUUUGAGGGUAAUCGUCCAACAAAUUCACUAGUCUUCACAAAACUUUCACCCUUCAUGCUGGGAGCGUUAAUAGCUAUGUAUGAACAAAAGAUCUUUGUUCAGGGAGUUGUGUGGGACAUCAACAGUUACGAC